AAAGGUUGGUGUGGCUAAUGAAACCAACAGACAGAAGCAAGGCUUUAAGCGUUUCAUUAUUCCAAUGGCAUUUUCAGCAAAUCCACUCUCUUUAAGCGUCCCCGACUCUACCUUCGAGUCAUGGCUUCGAGACUCAGGCUACCUCGAAAUUCUCGACGACCGUUCCUCCUCCACCACCGUCCCCGAGUCCGCUUCCACCUCUGACGUCACCACCUCCACAAUAACUGGUGGCAUUUUUGUUUCUCUGUUUUAUCAUAUCCUAACCCUUCUCUCUCUUUUUACUCUCAAGCCUCUCUCUAAGCUAACCACUGAUGAUUUCUCGGGUCAAACCCCUUCCUGGACACGCGCGUUUAUUGGGGACUCUGGGUCCUACUCCUUCCCUUCCGGGUCGGACCAGGCCCGGCUCCGAGUUCAUGAGAAUGUCAAGCGUUAUGCAAGAAACUACGCUUCUCUUUUUAUUCUCUUCUUUGCUUGCACUCUGUAUCAAAUGCCGCUUGCUCUCAUUGGAUUGAUAUCAAGUUUGGCGGUUUGGGAUAUUUUCAAGUUCUGUAGUAAUAGAUGGGGAUGGGAUCGAUACCCAUUUAUUCGGCAGGUUUUGGUUCGCACUGCCCAAUGUGCAACUGCAAUUAUUCUUAUUUGUUUAAAUGUUCAAAUGGCUCUCUUCUGUGCAAUUGGCAUCAGUUAUACAGUUAUGAUUUUGCAUGCUGCAUUUCGGAAGCUGACUCCCUCAAAGCAACCUUCACAGCGGAGAUAAAAUGGAAACUUUUGCAAAUAAACAGAGAUCAGCAAUUUGUUAGUGGAUUUCUCUUUUGCUGUACGCUUUAAGCAGGUUGUCUAUGCUGACUGACAUUGAAGGUGGAAUCGGCGAGUGUAGCAUAACACUUUCAGGUGGGAUCAAUGUAUUAUAGUUCCAAGCCUAGGUGUGUUGUGAAAUAUGAAAUGCUAUAUCAAUAUUAUUGACUAAUUUUGAUCUCUAACUCUCAAUUUCUGCCAAAACUUGUAGUUGAUUCAUUAUUGUAAGAUAGCCAUGUGAAUUGCCUUCUUGCACUCUUGGUGCACUAAUUUCACAAAUUAUGAAAUUUAUGAUUAGAGGGAAA